GAGAGGAGGAAGCGGCGCUCAUGGGGAUGCAAGGAUGUAGAGGAGCAAAGGGGGAGAAGAGGCCGCGUGAGGAAAGGUGGUGUGAGACCCGCGGAGGCGCGGGCCAGGGCAGAGCGCAUGGAGAGACGUGUGGCGCGACCCGCCGGGUGCUGGCCAUUCAGGCCCGAAAGCGGAGGCCGAAAAGGGAGAAACAUCCGAAAAAAAAUCAAGCAGAAGAUUGAGCUGCUGAUGUCAGUUAACUCUGAGAAGUCGUCCUCUUCAGAAAGGCCGGAGCCUCAGCAGAAAGCUCCCUUGGUUCCUCCACCACCGCCUCCGCCACCACCACCACCUCUGCCAGACCCUGCCCCGCCAGAGCCAGAGGAGGAGAUUCUGGGGUCAGACGAUGAGGAGCAGGAGGACCCCGCAGACUACUGCAAAGGUGGCUAUCAUCCAGUGAAAAUUGGAGACCUCUUCAAUGGCCGGUACCAUGUAAUCAGGAAGCUAGGAUGGGGCCACUUCUCUACUGUCUGGCUGUGCUGGGAUAUGCAGGGAAAAAGAUUUGUUGCAAUGAAAGUUGUAAAAAGUGCCCAGCAUUAUACGGAGACAGCCUUGGAUGAAAUAAAAUUGCUCAAAUGUGUUCGAGAAAGUGAUCCCAGUGACCCAAAUAAAGACAUGGUAGUGCAGCUUAUAGAUGACUUCAAGAUUUCAGGCAUGAAUGGAAUACAUGUCUGCAUGGUCUUCGAAGUGCUUGGCCAUCAUCUCCUAAAGUGGAUCAUAAAAUCCAACUACCAAGGCCUCCCAGUACGUUGUGUGAAGAGCAUCAUUAGACAGGUCCUUCAGGGGUUAGAUUAUCUCCACAGUAAGUGCAAGAUCAUUCAUACUGACAUAAAGCCGGAAAACAUCUUGAUGUGUGUGGACGAUGCAUAUGUGAGAAGAAUGGCAGCCGAGGCCACGGAGUGGCAGAAAGCGGGCGCUCCUCCUCCUUCAGGGUCUGCAGUGAGUACUGCUCCACAGCAAAAACCUAUAGGAAAAAUAUCUAAAAACAAAAAGAAAAAAAUGAAAAAGAAGCAGAAAAGGCAGGCUGAGUUACUGGAAAAGCGCUUGCAGGAAAUAGAAGAAUUGGAGCGAGAAGCUGAAAGAAAAAUAAUAGAGGAAAACGUCACGUCAGUUAUACCUUCCAAUGAGCAAGAUGAUGAAUACCACCCAGAGGUGAAGCUAAAAACAGCAGGACUGGAGGAGGUGGCUGAGGGAGAGACUGCGAAUAACAAUGGUGAAGCUGAGGACCAGGAGGAGAAAGAAGACACUGAGAAAGAAAACACUGAGAAAGAUGAAGACGAUGUUGAACAGGAGCUCACGAACAUAGACCCUACCUGGAUAGAAUCACCGAAAACUAAUGGCCAUAUUGAGAACGGCCCCUUCUUACUGGAGCAACAGCUGGAUGAUGAAGACGAUGAUGAGGAAGAUUGCCCAAAUCCCGAGGAAUGUAACCUCGAUGAGCCAAAUGCAGAAAGCGAUUACACGUAUAGCAGCUCCUAUGAACAAUUCAAUGGUGAAUUGCCAAAUGGACGACAUAAAAUUCCCGAGUCACAGUUUCCAGAAUUUUCCACAUCAUUGUUCUCUGGGCCCUUAGAACCUGUGGCUUGUGGCUCUGCACUUUCUGAGGGAUCCCCCCUUACUGAGCAUGAGGAAAGCAGUCCAUCCCAUGACAGAAGCAGGACAGUUUCAGCCUCCAGCACUGGGGAUUUGCCAAAAACAAAAACCCGGGCAGCCGACCUGCUGGUGAAUCCCCUGGACCCACGGAAUGCCGAUAAGAUUAGAGUUAAAAUUGCAGACCUUGGAAAUGCUUGUUGGGUGCAUAAACACUUCACAGAAGACAUCCAGACGCGUCAGUAUAGAUCCAUAGAGGUUUUAAUAGGAGCAGGUUACAGCACGCCUGCUGACAUUUGGAGCACGGCGUGUAUGGCAUUUGAGCUGGCAACGGGAGAUUAUUUGUUUGAACCACAUUCUGGGGAAGACUAUUCCAGAGACGAAGACCACAUAGCCCACAUCAUAGAGCUGCUAGGCAGUAUCCCAAGGCACUUUGCUCUAUCUGGAAAAUAUUCUCGGGAAUUCUUCAAUCGCAGAGAUCACAUAGCAUUGAUCAUUGAACUGCUGGGGAAAGUCCCUCGAAAAUACGCUAUGUUGGGGAAAUAUUCCAAGGAGUUUUUCACCAGAAAAGGAGAGCUGCGGCACAUCACCAAACUGAAGCCCUGGAGCCUCUUUGAUGUACUUGUGGAAAAGUAUGGCUGGCCCCAUGAAGAUGCUGCACAGUUUACAGAUUUCCUGAUCCCGAUGCUAGAAAUGGUUCCAGAAAAACGAGCUUCAGCAGGCGAAUGCCUUCGGCAUCCUUGGUUGAAUUCUUAGCGGAUUCUGCACUCACCUGUUCUGAGCUGGCACAUGUUGUCCAGUGCAUUUGGCCCUAAAGGGGGACUCUCAUUCUUAACAGGAUUACAAGUGAGCUGGCUUCAUCCUCAGACCUUUGUUUUGCUUUGAGGUACUGUCAUUUGACGUUUUGCUUCUUGUGCACUGUGAUCCUGGGAAAGGGCAGUCUUUUGUCUUCAGCUUAGUAGUUUACUGACCCACUUUUCUUCUGAAAACAAUAACAUGUCUCUAAGCAUUGUUUCUUGUGUUGUGUGACAUUCAAAUGUCAUUUUUUUUUUUUGAACGAAAAAUACUUUCCUCCUUGUGUUUUGGCAGGUUUUGUAACUAUUUAUGAAGAAAUAUUUUAGCUGAGUACUAUAUAAUUUACAAUCUUAAGAAAUUAUCAAGUUGGAACCAAGAAAUAGCAAGGAAAUGUACAAUUUGAUCUUCUGGCAAAGGGACAUCAUUCCUGUAUUAUAGUGUAUGUAAAUGCACCCUGUACAUGUUAAUUUACAUUAAAUAUGGGAUGGGGACUCAAAUUUCAGAAAAGCCUACCCAGUCUUGAGUGCUUUGUAGCCUAAGUUGCAUGUAAUGGACUUUUAACUGCUCCAAGGAGUUGUGCAAACUUUUCAUUCCAUGACAGUCCUUUUGCAUUGGAUUUUAAACAACUGGCUCUAGGUUAUGUCAUUCACUGUAUGGCACUUUAAAAAAAGGACAUGCUUCUCGUUCUAAAAUACACAUUAUAGUUUAGUGGUCCCAUUCGUAUUUUUGCAUAUUUUUAAUUAAAAGUACUUUUAAGGAAAAAGAGCAAUUUCCCUUUAAAAAUGUGGUGGCCUAGUACCACGUGGUGUUGCUUCCUCCAGGCACUGUAAGUUAAACUCUACAUAGAUUAAAUUGGACAAGAGAAACAUGUUCAGUGUGUGGAAUGAAAAACUACACAUAUCUUUUUUUGGAAAAGCUUAUUCGUGUUUGUCUAGAACAAAGCUAUGGUAUAUACAACUUGCAGUGCAAUGGGAAGAAAGAAUACUAACAUCUCAGAGAAAACAGGGACUGCAUUCAUUCCAGAGACAGUUUUGUGUGUGGCUACAACAAAUUUUACUAGAUUUUUCAUUGUCCUUCCAUGCAUUGAAGUUGAGAAAAUGAUUUUCCCUUUGCAGGUUGCACACAAUUUUGUUUAAGCAUUUCCUUAAAAUUGUAGAAUCCAGGACACAAACCAUAGUAGGCAAUACAAUUUUAGAAUGUAAUAUAUAGAGGUACAUUUAGCCUCUUUUAGAAAUCAGUGGAUUGAAUGUUGUUUUUUUUUUAAAUUUUACAUUCCUCAAGGUGCCUCGUUUUUCUUGACUUUGUCCAUUAACAUUUAUCCAUAUGCCUUUGCAAUAACUAGAUUGUGAAAAGAUAACAAGUGUUGUAACAAUAAUCCAUUGUUUGAGGUGCUUGCAGUUGUCUUAAAAAUUAAAGUGUUUUGGUUUUUUUUUCCCAGA